CUCUUCUUGUCCGAGAGCUACUUCCUCCUCAUCUGCUGGAGAUGGCGAGACAUCCCCCUGAGAGCCAUCUGGGGCUCCGGCGCAAUCAUACUCCUCGGCGGAGGACGAGGAGUUGCAGAAGCCAUGGUCUUUACCAGCAUCUCAGACGUGAUCCCCGAGUCAAAACGAGCAACAUGCUUCCAAUGGGUCGUCGCCGCCGUUUUCUCCGCUGCCCUCCUCGGCCCCUUAAUCGCCCGCCCUCUUACCGAAAUCUCCAUAUGGCGCCCUCUCUGCAUCUCGCUCGGCCUCGUUGCCCUCGGCGGCAUCAUACUUGUGACGCUCAUGCCGGAAACACUCCACAACCAUGACUCUCUCGCCCAAAUCGGAGAAGAUACUCCCAUCAUCCGCAGUAACCACCACUACGACAACGAUGACGACAGCAUCUAUGAAACACCAAUGGCAUCUACUAAAUCCACUUUCAAGGCCCUCUUCCGUCGUCCAGCCCUAUACCUCCUCCCCGGCGCCAUCCUCACCAUGCCAGCCGUCUCUACGCAACACGGCAUCCUCAUGCGCCUCAUGCCCAUCCAGUUCGACUGGCCCCUUUCCCGAGCCGCGCUGCUCCUCUCGCUAAACGCCGCCGUCAUUCUCCUCACGCUGCUCGUCAUCCUCCCUCUAGUAUCCUACGCUCUCUAUAAGAGAACUUCAGCUUCCGCCCUCCAGCGAGAUCGAAUCCUCGCCCGAGCCAGUGUCAUUCUCUUUGUUCUCGGCUCUUUUUUCCUCAUGAUGGUCAACGAGGCCAGCCUCAUCAUCAUCGGCGUUGUUCUCUCUGGCCUUGGAUCUGGCGUGCCGACUUUGUGUCGUACGCUGCUCGUGGCUCUCAUAGGCAAACACAAGACCGGCUCUGUCUUUGGAAUGAUUGCUGCUGGAGAGGUCCUGGGAAUACUAGCAUGCGAGCUGAUUAUUGGGCCGCUCUUUGACAUCGGCCUCGGGACAUGGCUUGGCCUGCCCUUUUGCCUUGGUCUCGUUAUCGCAGUUUUG